GGUGAACUUGUUGUUCUUCUUCUUAUUGCUAGCUUGCCUGGUAAAAACCUACUUAUUAUUAAAUUAAAUAGCUAUCUAGUAAUGCUACUUAAUCAUCCACGUCCGCCUUAAUGUGAUAAUUCGAACUUGGUCGCAUUCGCCUUCGCCUUUGCCUUUGCCUUCGCAUUCUCCGUCUACAAUCUUUCAACGGAAACUUCAAUCACUCCAUACCAUCAUCCAUCCACCUUGAUUCACUCACCCAAGCAUGAAUCCUCAAGCCCGCAAAACGUAUGAUCUCUUCGACAGAGAUCAGUUUACAGCAGAUGAUUAUCAUCAAGAUUAUACUGAAGGGUUACAUCAGAAAGAGCGUAUUGGAAUAGGAACCAUCUUGUCGAUAUCAGCUAUUGUCAUCGCAUUAGUCUAUCAAGGGCUCAUCAAUCUCGAUUAUGACCUCCUACCUCCCUCGCAAUUGGCUUGGAACGCUCUAGUUUACAUAACGCCUUCUUCAUUGCUCGAUUUCGCCGACCAUUGCUCAAACCCUCUACCAAUACGGAAUCCCGACACAAUGACAUACCCGCGCACACAUGCGCAAAAAAGCGAGAUGAUGCGCCGACUAUUUGGCUUGGACACUCCGGGUGGGAUUAUAGAUUCCGUUGCGAGUGCUGGGAGGAGAAGACUAUCGACUCUUCCCCUCAUCGGUAGUUUGGGGGUUGCGGGGGACGAUGAAACGCCCGCGGGAUUAGGCAAUUGGGACAAUUCCUGCUAUCAAAACAGCAUCUUACAAGGACUAGCAUCAUUAGACUCACUGCCAGACUUCCUAGAAAGUUUUCAAAAUGAUGGAGCUCUACGACAGGAGGGUUCGAAAUCCGAAGAGAUCAAAAUGGCCAAUGCUUUGAAGGAGUUGAUUGCUACUCUAAAGGACAAAUCAAAUAAUGGGAGGAGGAUCUGGACGCCGGCAGCAUUGAAAAAUAUGAGUAGUUGGCAGCAACAAGAUGCGCAAGAAUACUUUUCGGGUCUUCUCGGCGCAAUAGACAAAGAAUAUGGAACAGCGACAAAGUCAGGCGGGGUAUCGGGAUUGGAACAGCUCAAUAAUUUGCAAAAUUCGAGUCAAGAGCCAUCUCACACUCAGGCCUUGUCACCGAAUCCUUUGACUGGACUUACCGCUACCAGGGUUGUGUGCACAAAAUGUGGUUAUUCCGAAGGCUUGAAAACCACGCCUUCUCUUUGUCAGCCUUUGAUUGUUGGGGAAGGCUGGGAAUAUGACCUCUCUCAAUUGCUUCACGAAGGUACAAAGCUAGAAUUUGUCAAUGGUGUGUACUGUGAGAGAUGUACGUUACAGAAAAGUCAGCAUUUACUUUCUACUUUAAUGGAACGACUUGAGGCCGAACCGGAAGACAAUCGGAUUCGCAUAAAUGCAUCCGAACGACUACGGGCCGUCACUGAAGCACUAGAAAAUGAUGAUUUUGCCGAAAAGACACUUAAGGAUAAGUGUAAAAUACCUACAGAAAAUUGGGUGACUGUUACCAAAUCAAAACAAGAUAUUAUUGCUCGACCUCCAAAAUCUUUAGCCAUUCACCUUAAUCGAAGCACUUACGGGCUUGAUGGAGAGUUGAGUAAGAAAACAGCCGCUAUCCGCUUUCCCAAACAUCUCGAUCUUGGCCCAUACUGUCUAGGUAGUGCUGGGCGCAACAAUGAAGAGCAUGAUAGCGAAGAAUGGCUCUUAGCUCCAUAUGACUCUAUGGUUGCGGGAACACAAAAGAAUUCUCGGAUACAGGGACCAGUAUACGAAUUACGGGCAGUUGUUACACACUCUGGAAGGCAUGAUAACGGUCACUAUGUUUGCUACCGAAAACAUCCAGUUUCGGAAAACAAAACCGAUGAGAAUGGCAACAAACAAGAUCAGUGGUGGCGGUUAAGUGAUGAGCAUGUCAUGAAAGUCAGUGAAGAUAAUGUCUUGGCGCAAGGAGGGGUAUUUAUGCUCUUUUAUGAUCAGAUAGAACCUGCUGUUCAUCUAUCACCCAUAGACCCCGUUGCCGACAUAUCAAUGCAAGAUGCAGGCAUAGAAAAAUCGGCGUGCGGCUCCCAACCCGGAAUCACUCCUCUCAUAUCCCAUAAGGCGAUCUCAAACUCAGACAUGAUUACCCCUUCCCCUGAGAUUGAUGAUACAGGCAUCGUUAUAUCCAGAUCUUCAUCAGCUUCCAAUUUAUCAGACGCAGAAAUGCAGUUUAAGAACAACGAAAGUCAUGAUGACCGAGAAACCACCGCUUCAGAAGGCUCAGAUGGGGACGAAGAUACUAAGCAAAAAAAGGAAACGAGAUAUACUCCGACUAAGGCUAUAUUGAUACCUCAACCCUAUAUGCGUACAAGUAAAAGUAAAAGUGGGAGGGAUAGCAGUGAAGGGACGAGAGAGAAUAAUAUGGGUGGAUUGGUUAUGGUAUGAGUUGGCUACCAAGGGGAAUUUUAGGAGGAAGAGUGAAAUCAAGGUUCCAUGUUGUAGGGCUAGGUGACGGGUGCUGGGAUACUGUAUUUGUUACUUUGUAUGCAUAGCGUGGCGUUUGAAUUGGAUCCGGCGGGUUCGAAGGGUUCGAUGGCAUUGGGUGGAAGCUUGGUUCAAUACCGGUCGAUGCCGGACUACACAUGAGGUUAUUUUACCUCGGCGUACUCAAGUACAGCACAAGUAUAGGUUAACUCCGAAGCUAUCAAAAUACAUUUAUAUCAUUAACGCUACUUACAUAAUAUUUUGAUUGCCCUCA